GGGACAAGACAUUCAAGUUGGACUUGUUGGCAGAACUUAGAAUCCUUUCUUUCUCUUCUUUCCGAUGACUCCUCUCUGUUCUUACCCUGAAAAAACGAUUUUUAUUUCUGCGAUUCAGUCCAAAGCCAAUGGAAAUUGCCAGUGCAGUGACUGCAGUCUUCAGCUCCGUCUGCCAAUGUUGGGAUUGCAUGUCAAGGAAGCGGAUGUACAUCCAGAAUCUCAGAGACAAUCUCACCUCUCUGGAAAACAAGAUGAAUGAGCUCAACCAUGUCAAGGGAGAUGUGACGAGACGAGUCGAUAUGGCUGAAGGUGAAGGCUGGAUCCGAACAAGCGACAUAGGUGGCUGGCUAGGGAGAGUCGAAGCCCUGAAUGAUGAAGUGAGCAGGAUUUUGGCGGACGGGAAGCAAUUGAUGGAGAAGAAUUGCUUGUGCAGUUGUUUUCCCAAGAACUGUCGGGCACGUUACAGACAGUCCGAAGCAGCGGAGAGAAAGCAAAACAAUGUAGAAGCAGAACUGGGCCGAGGUCGUAAUUUUGAGGUUGUGGCUUACGAGCCUGGUGACCUGAUCCUCAAAAGAUCUCUUGAGGCUGUUCGCGGCAAGAUGGAGGAGCUGGGCCAUGUGUUUGAAGAUGUGAGGGAGCGAGUUAGAAGGGAGGAAGAGCGUCACUUGAUACGAACAAGUGAAGUCGGUGGUUGGCUGGAAAGAGUGGAACUUCUCAAGGAAGAAGUGGGGCAAAUUCUCGAAAAGGGGAGGCAUGAAAUGGAGAAGAACAGCGUGAGUGUGGGAGUGGGAGGAGACCCUCAAUCUCACAGCAGGAAUUGCCCAUCAUAUAACCAGCUAUCAAAGCAUGCUGAGAAGAAGAGAACUACCCUGGAAGAGGAACUUGGCAAAGCUCGUGGUUUCACAAUUUUGGCCUACGAGCCUAACGAUCCUCUGAUGGUUGAGAUACCUCUUGAGCCGCCGGUGGGCUUAGAUUCCACGUUCAAGGAGGUGUGGCACUGGGUUAGCGAUGAGAGGUUGAGACGCAUUGGGUUGUAUGGCAUGGGUGGUGUCGGAAAGACCACCCUCCUAAAGAAAAUACACAAUGAGUUCCUGGGUAUUGAACAUGAUUAUAAUGUGGUUGCUUGGAUUGUGGUGUCCCGACCUACUAAUCCUAAAAAAAUCCAGGAAGCGAUCUGCGAGAAACUGCAUCUCCCUAAAUCGGAAUGGGAUCAAACUAGUGAAUUAGAUAGAGCUCGCAAGAUACUGAUCAUUAUGAAGAGAAAGAGUUUUCUGCUUUUUUUGGAUGAUUUAUGGGAGGAUAUAGAUCUCUUGAAUCUUGGCAUUCCUUCUCACAAUCACCAACACAAAUCAAAGAUCAUAUUCACAACCCGAUCAGAGGAAGUCUGUGGUCUCAUGCAAGCAGACCGAACGAAGAAGGUUGAAUGUUUGCCACAACAUAAAGCCCUCGAACUAUUUCGAGAGAAGGUGGGUGAAGAAACUUGGGCUGCCCAUGUUGAAAUCCCAAAGCUUGCAGUAUCACUAGUUGAGGAGUGCGAGUACCUGCCACUUGCUCUUAUCACUGUUGGGGCAGCAAUGGCCAGUAGGAAGCAUCCAGAUGACUGGAGACGAGCUAUCAAUUAUUUGAAGAAUAGUCCAUCAGACUUUGCAGCUAUGGGAGAAAGGGUGCUCUCUGUGCUAGAAUUUAGCUACGAAGCUUUGCCAAAUGAGACACAAAAACAGUGCUUCUUGUAUUGUUCAAUAUUCCCAGAGGACUAUAAAUUUGAAGUGGAUGAAUUGACCAAUCUAUGGAUGGGGCAGGGGUUUCUCAGUGAAUGCCAUGGUUUCCAUGAGGCACGUGAUCAUGGAAUCGAUAUAAUCAGAUACCUCAUACGUGUUUGUUUAUUGGAGGAAGUUGAUAUGCCUAUCGACAAAAGUUUUAAGAUGCAUGAUGUAGUUCGAGAUAUGGCUUUAUGGGUGGCAUCUGAGCAUGGGCAGAAGAAGAAUAAAAUACUAUGUCAGGAGAAGGAGAGGUCAUUUGAGCCGAAGGAACUUUUGAAGUGGACUGAUGCAGAAUGGAUUUCUCUCUGGGCGGUGGAUCAAGAGAUGGAAAACUUCCCUAUAACAUUCACAGCUUUUUCCAGACUAUCUACCCUGAAACUAUGGCGUACCCAGGUGGAGACAUUUCCGAAAGGAUUCUUUUCUUCCAUGCCAUCGCUGAGAGUGUUGGAUUUGUCAGUAAAUCUAAGAUUGGCAGAGUUACCUGAAGAUAUUGGAGUACUAGUAAAUUUGAGGUACCUUAAUUUGCGGUUGACAGAGAUAAGUAAGCUGCCUUUGGAGCUAAAGAAUCUGAUAAAGUUGGUGUUUCUGAUUUUAGAUCGUAAAUGUCGUGUUUCGAAGGGACUGAUCCCAAGUCCACCAUCUUUAAGAGUGUUUAGUUGGUGUUGGGGACUGCCGCUUUUUGUUACAUCUACUGAAGAAAUAGAUGAGGGAGAAGAGCUCAAUGUGAUUGAGGAGUUGAAUGACAUGAACCAAAUAGAUGAUGUUUGCCUGCAAUUAAUCAUUGCCGUUGCUGUUCAAAAGUUACUUGCCUACUGCCCUCACUUGCAGAGGUGCUUACGAGAACUCGGACUUAGAUGGUGUAAUGGUUUGAGGUCACUUAUAAUACCAAAGCCGUCUUUGAGGAGAAUGGAGCAUCUUGAAUUUCUACAUCUCGAGGACUGUGAAUUUGCUGAAAUAAGCAUGGUCGAGGGAGAAUAUGGUUGCGGCGGUGAGAUUGGGAGAAGUGAUGGAUCAGGAUCUCCUCUGCUUUCUUAUCCUGAAAUCAGCUGCUUGGAAAGUAAGGACUGCUUCGGUCGCCUUAAUACAAUACAAAUCUGGGAGUGCAACCGACUACGAGAAGUGACAGUUUUGAUUUAUCAUGCUCCUAGGCUUAACCAUCUUGAAAUUUGGGGUUGUGACUCGUUGCGGUAACUGAUCAGUGGGGAUGUUGAAGAAUCCCAUGUGGAUAGGAUAUUGUCGUGCCUCACCAAUCUUAAGUUAAAGUAUCUUCCGGAACUGGUGAGCAUAUGCAGUAGCACGCUGCCCUUUCCUUCGCUGAAAUUGUUACAGGUUGGGGAUUGCCCGAAACUGAAGAAGCUCCCAUUAGAUAGCAGCAGUGCAAGGCAAUUGAGCCAAAUCAAAGGAGAAGAGGAUUGGUGGGAUGGGCUGCAGUGGGAUGACCCUGAGACUAAGCAAUACUUCUCUACCAAGUUUGUUAUUUAAAGUGUAAAUUGCACCAAAAUUUAUGAACCCUGCUAGUUUUUCCCAUUCUAGCAUUAACUUCAUUUAUUUUUAUCUUUUUAUUGGAAAAAUAAACGAACUGUCUUUUUAGUUCCAAAUCUACGAUCGGUUAACACA